AUUUCGUUUAUAUCUAUUUAUAUAUAUAUAUAUAGAGAGAGAGAGAGAGAGAGGGAGAAUCUGAAAUCGUAUGUCUGGAAAUCGUAUGUCUGAAGUUUUUUCUUUCUCUAAGACAAGGGGCAUUUUUCUACACGCCUUCACCAAAUGAGACAUCUUCCCAAGCACGUAUAUCUCUGUUCUUAUUUUCUCUCCAACUUUCGACAUUAAGGGGGGCAGUGUCACGCAUCUGCAGCCCAUUUUUCUAAUGGAAGCUUAGAAAUCUAGAACAAGGCCUCAUCAAUUAGGCGGAGAGAGUCGGCUAGAUGGCGGCAGCGGCAUUGGCGCGGACCAGGUCUGCUCUUACUGCAUUCUCAGUGAUCAUCAACGACGUCGUAAGCUUCCUUGUAUUCUCCUUCCUCGACCUCCUGGACCUCAUCCUGUGUUACGCCUACCGCAUUGCCGAUUAUAUGAUCGAGUCCGAGUGGAAGCCAUGCUACUGCACCUCCGCCCUAGAGGCCAUCAACGGCAGCGGUGGCAAUAUCCUGGUCUCGGAAAGGGGCGAGCUGGCGAAGGUGGUCCGGCUAAGCUCGAGCCGGCUCCAGCUCGAGGAUGUGUCUGACACGCUCUACUCCCGGCCCUCCCUAGUGGCAGACGUCUCCCAGUCCACCGUCAAGCGGCUCGCAAGUCGCAGCAGCAGCAGGAGCUACUCAGUGAGGCAACAAAAGAGGUUCGGAACGGCGAGGACUUCGGGCUCGGGUUUCAGGCUGAACUCCAACAUUGUUGAGAUGCUCAAGGAUCGGAUCGUGGGGAUGAAGCCACAUCCCAUUCCGAGGUGGUCCGACUGCAACUGCAAAUGUUGCACCUCGUGGACAGAUUCUAGAAGUAAAUCCCUCUUUGUCAGGUCAAAAGGCGCUAAAGGUUACACGAAGGAAGAUGUGCUCUUCAUCCACGGGUUCAUUUCUUCGUCCACAUUCUGGUCAGAGACCGUGUAUCCUAACCUGUCGGAGUCAGCCAAGUCGAGCCGACGGUUCUUCGCGGUGGAUCUGCUCGGGUUCGGGAGGAGCCCGAGGCCAACGGACUCGCUGUACACCCUGAGGGAGCAUGUGGAGAUGAUAGAGAAGUCAGUGGUGGAGGCCCACAAGGUCAAGUCCUUCCACAUUGUGGCCCACUCCUUGGGCUGCAUCCUGGCCGUUGCUUUGGCCGUCCGGCACCCACAGUCCGUUAAAUCCCUCACUUUGCUCGCGCCGCCGUAUUAUCCAGUACCAGAAGGGGAGCAGGCAACGCAAUACGUGAUGAGGAAGGUGGCACCCCGGCGGGUGUGGCCGCUCAUAGCGUUCGGCGCGUCGAUUGCGAGCUGGUAUGAGCACAUCUCUCGAACUGUUUGCCUGCUCAUCUGCAAGAACCACCGGCUUUGGGAAUUCCUACACAAACUCCUCGGCAUAAACAGCAUCCCCAUGUUCUUGCUCGAAGGGUUCUUCUGCCAUACGCAUAACGCGGCAUGGCACACCCUCCACAACAUCAUCUGUGGCACUGCCGGGAAGAUGGACGGCUAUCUCAGUACUGUCAACAACAGCAUGGAGUGUGAUGUCAACAUCUUUCAUGGAGAGUAUGAUGAGCUGAUCCCUGUAGAAUGCAGCUACAACGUCCAACGGAAGAUCCGCAGGGCCAGGGUUAGGGUUAUCGAGAAAGAAGACCACAUCACCAUUGUUGUUGGGAGGGAGAAGGCUUUUGUUAAGGAGCUUGAAGACAUUUGGAAGAAAUCACCAUCGAUUGGUCAUCAAGAGUCCUGAUUAAUUUGUUGUAGUUUCCCGAAGUAGGCCUCCUAAUUAUUAGUUAAGAAUAUAUGAAAAGUUGGAUAAGAAAAUGGUUAAUGCUCUAUUAUUGGCAAACUCCAUCUUCUCCGCCUUUGGAUGUAAUUUUCCUUGCUAUAAAGUCGGGAAUCAUAUAAGAGUUCGAUAAUUCCCGUGUAAUUGCAAUGUUGGCUACAUAAAAUUAUAAGAUGUUCCAUUGAGCCUGCA